GGAAGAUUACGAACCAAUUUUAUAGGGAUUGAACUUGCACCGAAUAUGAGCCCUUCCUAUCGGGGUUUGUUCCCUGUAAUCUCUCGAGCAAACCAUAGCUGCGCAUCCAACGCGACGUACCAAUUUCAUAAUGGCUCCUUCGCUCUCGAGUUGCGAGCUGCCCGUCGAAUUGAAUCUGGCGAGGAGAUUCAUAUUCAGUACAUAGACGUGCUGCAGCCGAGGGGAGAAAGGAAAAGGCUGCUUCGGGAGCUGUACAUGUUUGAUUGUCAAUGU